AAGAAGUCGUGGAUCCGGAACCCCCAAAAAAUCCACAUGGGAGUCUGUUGGCUGCUUUCAUAAAGCCGUUCGUUAAGACUGGAUUAUGAGAACGGCGAAACCUUCCUCUUCUCCCGCCUCACCCCCCACCUCCCAUCCCUUAUCCGGCACUCAGCCAGAGCUCAAGAGAAAAAUGGGAGUCCAAUGCUAGUGUGGCGCGGAGGGAGCCAGAUUUAUUAUUGGGAAGGCGAGGAGCAGGCUGACAGGCUUUGGUCUCCCGGAAUCCAGUACAAAGGCAGCUGAAAUUCUCUCACACACAGUGAGGCAGAUCACAUUCACGCACAAGCUGACAGCUCAGGCUUUGCCCUGUUCACUCAUUUGGUGGGGUGUUCUCAUUCACUGGCUUCGAGUGCCUGUCACUGCAAUAGGCAGGCGAGAGUUCACAUUCAUUGAGGUUCAGCCUCUCGCUCUCCCUCCCUCUCUCUCUCGCACACACACAGCCAGAUCGAGGUGCUCUGCUCAGCCUCUCUCUCUCUCUCUCUCUCUCUCUCUCUCUCUCAGCAGUCACUCACGGAGAAGGCAGUUCUGCCUCACUCGGCUGCCUCGUCGCGGGCUCCAUACACGGCUCCCCCCGCCUCACUCAAAGCAGCAAUAGCGACGGAAACCAGGAGGAAGGUCUUCACGAGACGGGCUGUGUAGCCUGUCUUCACAUCCAACAAGUUGUCGGCGGAGCAAGCCCGGUUGGCCAUGCAGCCCGAUUCUCGCUGGGUCCUUGCACUCCUGUGUAUCUGUCAAGUGGGUAUGAUACAUGGAUUCUACAGACAACAAAAUAAUUUAUUUGAUGAUGUGGAUUGGUCGUACACUGGUCACUUAAAUCAAAAGAACUGGGCGAAGAAAUAUCCAAGUUGCAAUGGGCCUAAGCAGUCUCCCAUCAAUAUCGAUGAUGAUUUCACACAAGUAAAUGUGAAUUUUCAGAUGCUGUUUUUUGAUGGCUGGGACCGUGAAUCCAGUGAAAAUAUUGUCAUUCACAAUAAUGGAAAAACAGUGGAAAUGAACCUGACAGAUGAGUAUUACAUCAGUGGUGGUGGCAUGGAAUCCAUAUACAAAGCAGGCAAGAUAAUGUUCCACUGGGGAAGGUGCAAUGUAUCAGAGGGCUCAGAACAUAGCAUCGAUGGUCAAAAAUUUCCUUUGGAGAUGCAAAUCUUCUGCUUUGAAUCAGAUCUUUUUGAAAGUUUUGAUGAUGCAGUGCAAGGACAAGGCCGUCUGAAAGCUCUGUCUGUUUUAUUUGAGAUUGGCCCAGAGGACAAUAUGGAUUAUGAUAGUAUUAUACGUGGAGUGGAUAUGGUAAGCAGAUACGGAAAACAGGCUACAGUGCAGCCAUUCAUCUUCUUGAAUCUUCUUCCAAAGUCAACAGGCAAAUAUUAUACUUACAAUGGUUCCCUUACAAUACCUCCCUGUUCAGAAACAGUGCAAUGGAUUGUGUUUAAAGAGACAGUGCCGAUUUCAGAAAAUCAGCUGGAGGUGUUCUGUGAGGUGCUGACCAUGCAACAGGCUGGUUACGUCAUGUUGAUAGAUUACCUGCAGAACAACUACAGGGAGCAGCAGUAUCAAGUUGUAGGGCAGGUCUUUUCCUCGUACACAGGGACAGAAGUAAUUCCUGACCCAGUUUGCAGUUCAGAACCCCAGAAUCUCCAAGUCGAUCUAAAGAAUGACACCUCUUUGCUUGUUCUCUGGGAAAGACCAAGGGCAGUUUAUGGUGAUGUCCUGGAGAGAUACGCCGUGUUCCAUCAGCAGUUAGAUGGAGAAGACCUGACCAGACACCAGUUCCUGACAGAUGGGGAUCAGGACACGGGAGCCAUUCUCAGCAACUUAUUACCAAAUACCAGUUAUGUUGUUCAAGUGGUUGCCGUAUGUUCAGAUGGUCUGUAUGGGGUAUACAGUGACGAAUUUAUUGUGGACAUGCCCAUGGAAUUUGAAGACCCAGGUAAAGAUAUUGGUGCGUUUUUAAAUUUCAGUGGCACAUUUGAAGAUCUGGAGCUGAAAGAAAAUAAUCCAGGAAAAGCAGAAGCAACUUUACCCGAGCUUUACACAGCUCCAGUUCUCAUUCACAGAUGGAAUGAGGAGGAUCUGGAAAGUGAAACUGUGAAGUCCAUAACCAUUAAUGAAGAGGAGCAGAAAGCAAAUGUUGUUCCGAAUGAAAAUUAUUUUGUCAAGGGGAUUGAGGAAAUGUCCACCCAGGUUGCCAAUCCAGAUGUUAUUAUUUAUCCAUCAUCCUCCACUGUCAUUGAAACAUCAUCCAAGGACAUUAGCACUGCCCUACACCCUGAAACCAAAACAACAGUUUCUUCGGUUGUAGAGGAUUCGGACUAUUCUUCAGCUAUGGGAUCGCUGGAGUUGAAUAAAAUAUUCACUUAUUCCCAGCAAACAGAAAUUCCAGUUACAUCCAAGGAAAUUCCAGACUUCAGUACUCCCACACAAUCUGACACCAUGUUCCAUGCAUCCACCAUUGACGCCAGAAAUGUUCCUCAGCCUGUAACAUCUCAAGAGGUUCUUACAAAUAAUUCAACCCUUAACUUGUGGUCUGAAACAACUGCAGUAGCACCACUGAUGGAUUCUGGCACAGAGCAAGUGGCAUCAAGGAAUGAAACUAUUGUCUUACAGGAACCCACUGCAGUCUCUGGUUCGUUUGGUUCCAUAGCCACUGUCCGUCCAGCUAAGAUGACACCUUUCAAUGAUAAUGUACUUCCAUCCAGUGAGGAAAUAAUAGUUUCUGUAACUGUUCCUCCUCCUGACCAAGAGAUGCAUCUACACAGUACACCAGAUUCCAUUGGCGGGUUUAAUACCUCGCCUAAAGAGAUUGAAGGCCAAGCUACCUCUUCUUAUUCUACUGGUGAGAUGGUGUUCCAAACUACCACUGUGCCCUCAAACAGAGAAGUGUCCUUUCAUGCUACCUCUGCUUAUUCCCAUGAUGAAGUACUGCUGCAGCCUACUCCCUCCUUAUCCAGUACACCUGUUUAUCAAUCCUCUGCUUCUGCUAAUAGUGAAGUGUUUCUUCAAGUGACCCAUGCUUUAUCAAAUGAUCCCAUGUCGCUGCAUUUGACCUUUGAUUCCCCUGCUAGUGAAAUGUCUCGUAGCAGUCAAAUGUUGCUUCAGACUACCUCUGUUGUUUCCUCUGAUGAAGUGGGAUUGCCUAGUUCACCACCAGCCACUAUUGAUGUGCUACGUCAAACUACCUUUCCUUUAGCUAGUAAUGUGGUGUCUCUCCAUGCUACUCCUACUUCCUCUUCUAGUGAGAUUCUUCUUAAUGACCUUCAAAUCUCCUCUGAAGUUUCAGCAUCACUGGAUGUGACUUCUGCUGCCUCUAGCCAUCAGUUAGUACAGCAUACCACUGCUGCUACCUCUGUCGGUGACAUGUCGUUUGCAUCUGCUCUUCCCUUACCCAGUGGUGUGAUGUCUCUUCAAACUCCUCCCAGUUCUAAAGAGGAUGAGACACUUCUUCGUGUUACUCCUGCUCUUUCCAACACUUUGGUGUUGCCUCUGGUUCCAUCUGCUGUUCCCAGUGACGAGAUAUUCCAUGUUACUUCUGCACCCCCUGUUGCUGAUGUGUUGCUUCAAGUGAUUCCUACCUUCUCUGAAAGCCAAUUAUCUUCGUAUGCUACUGUCUUUCCCCACAGUCAAAUGUCAACUCCAGCUUCUCCUGCUUUAUUCAGUAAUGAACUGUCGCUGCAACCCACUGUUACUGUCUCUGGUAGUACAAGGUUAUUGAAUGACACUGAAGCUUUAUUGAAAAAUGAGACAAUGGUUUAUGUUUCCCUCAUUCCUUCCAGUGAUAAUGCACUCCCCUACGUAUCCAGUAACCAGUUUAAUGUUCCCAGUAGCCUGCCCUUAUCAAGUGAUGAUGGCGCAUACAUUUCUGUUCCGGCUACAACUCCCAGCAGUGAGAUAACCAUGGCGGUUUCCGCUGCUCCUUUACCAGCUCCUUCUGUGCCUUCCUCUGUCACGUUUCUGAGUCAAAAGCACGAUGCCGAAUUGUGGUCUUCUGGUUUUGAAGGUGAUCUGUCUGAGACAGAUGAUAGUGUUCCAGCAACAUUUGACCCCAUAUCUGAGGAUAAGGCAAUUACGCACAUAAGCGGGCAGAUAUUCAACUCUGCAGAGGAACAGAAUAGUCAGUAUCCCCAGAUCAUAACAGGAUCACCUGCAUCUUCUGAAGAAAAGUCAUUCAUCACUACUCUUAACAUCAAUUUAACAAAAUCUGAGGUGGACAAAAAUCACAAGGCAACAACAGUGACUCAAAAUGUAUCCACUGGAAAGCACAAAAGACCAACAAUAAUAGCAAGACCUAACCGGAUCACAACAGUAACUACAAAACUGUCCCUGUCACACUCUAGGACUAAUUCUUUCAUGACCACUGAAGAGGAGAGUGGUUCUGGCCAGAGUGCAUCUGAUAGUCUAAUUGUUAAUGAGACAACAGUGGUGUUAAGUUCCCUCGAGUAUAAUUAUAGAGCACUAGACAGUACACCAGGCACAGGUAAAGCAGCAGAUCCAAGGACUCCACAGUCUUCAGCUCCAUCUCUAACUAGUGGCCUUGAAACAACUUUAUUCGACGUAUAUGAGGCAGAAGCCAGUAACAGCAGCCAUGAAUCUCGUAUAGGUUUGGCAGUUGGUUUAGAAACCGAGAAAAGGGCAAUUAUCCCUCUUGUGGUGGUGUCAGCUCUUACCUUCCUAUGUUUGAUGUUGCUGGUAGCUAUCCUUGUUUACUGGAGGAAAUGCUUUCAGACUGCCCACUUUUACUUAGAAGAUAAUGCAUCGCCCAGGGUGGUUUCCACUUCACCAUCACUGGCCCUUCCUAUUUCAGAUGAAAUGGGAGCAAUUCCAAUCAAAAAAUUCCCAAGCCAUGUGGCAGAACUUCACGCAAGUGACGGGUUUUCUGAAGAAUUUGAGAAACUCAAAGCAUUUUAUGAGGAAGUCCAAGGAUGCACUGUUGAUUUAGGCAUCACAUCAGACAGCUCCAACCAUCCGGACAACAAAAACAAGAAUCGCUAUAUAAAUAUAGUUGCUUUUGACCACAGCAGAGUUAAACUCUCCCCACUCAUGGAAAAGGACUCUAAGCACAGUGAUUAUAUCAAUGCAAAUUACGUUGACGGCUACGAUAGGCAGAAGGCCUACAUAGCAGCUCAAGGGCCACUGAAAUCCACAGCUGAAGACUUCUGGCGAAUGAUAUGGGAGCAUAACGUAAGCGUUAUUGUGAUGAUCACCAACCUGGUAGAGAAAGGAAGGAGGAAAUGUGAUCAAUACUGGCCAUCAGAAAACAGUGAAGAAUACGGACACAUCCUUGUAUCGCUGAAGAACACUAAAGUUUCAUCUUACUACACUGUUAGACAGUUUACUGUGCGCAACACAAAGUUUAAAAAGGGAUCAUUGAAAGGAAGGCAGAAUGAUCGUAUGGUGACCCAGUAUCAUUACACCCAAUGGCCUGAUAUGGGUGUUCCAGAGUAUGCCCUUCCUGUAUUAACAUUUAUACGACACUCAGCAGCUGCUAAAGCCAAUCAUACAGGACCUGUUGUAGUUCAUUGCAGUGCUGGUGUUGGAAGAACAGGAACAUACAUAGUAAUAGACAGCAUGUUGCAACAGAUCAAACAGAAAGGCACUGUCAAUGUGCUGGGAUUCCUCAAACACAUCAGAACACAAAGAAACUAUUUAGUGCAAACAGAGGAGCAGUACAUCUUCAUUCAUGAUGCCCUCGUGGAAGCCAUCCUUAAUAAGGACACUGAGGUUCCUGCCAACCAUUUGCACGCCUACGUAAAUGCUCUUCUUACACCUGGACCAUCGGGUAAAACAAAACUAGAGAAGCAAUUCAAGCUGGUGAGUCAGCCUCAUGCCAAGCAGUGUGAUUACUCUGCAGCGCUGAAGCAAUGCAAUAGAGACAAGAACAGAAAUUCCUCCAUUAUUCCUGUGGAGAGAUCAAGGGUUGGACUUGCAACACUGAAUUUUGAGGGCUCUGAUUACAUCAAUGCAUCGUAUGUUUCGGGAUUUCAUCGAAUUGAUGAGUUCAUCAUUACCCAACAUCCACUGCCACUUACUACAAAGGACUUCUGGCGAAUGAUAUGGGACUACAAUGCUCAAAUCAUUGUCAUGCUGCCAGAUAACCAAGGACUGACCACGUACUGGCCAAGGAAGGACGGGCCAAUGAAUUAUGAAGCAUUUACAGUGAGUCUGAUCAAUGAGAGCCACCUGUGUCUUUCCAAUGAAGAACAGCUCAUCAUCCAGGAUUUCAUUCUGGAAGCAACACAGGAUGAUUAUGUACUUGAAGUGAGACACUACCAGUCUCCAAAGUGGCCAAAUCCAGAUGGUCCAAUAAGAAAAACCUUUGAGCUCCUCAACUUGAUACGGGAAGCUGCUGCUACUAGAGAUGGGCCAAUAAUUGUUCAUGAUGAGCAUGGUGGGAUAACUGCUGGUACCUUCUGUGCAUUGACUAAACUGAUGCAUCAGCUGGAGAGUGAAAACUCAGUGGAUGUUUAUCAAGUGGCUAAAAUGAUUAACUUAAUGAGGCCUGGCAUAUUCACUGACAUCGAUCAGUAUCAAUUUUUAUACAAAGCUAUACUCAGCCUGGUCAACUCAAGGGAAGAUGAAAACACUGCAACUACACUGGAAACCAAUGGCCUUGCCCUGUCUGCUGAUGACUACAAUGGAGCAGAAAGCAUGGAGUCUCUGGUGUAACAAUAAAAUGGAUGUUUUUACCAACACAGAAUCCCAUUUAAGAUCUUGUUAACUAUACAGGUAUCUAUUGUGGAAUCCUAAUAUCCAUUUUAUGUCACCAUUGGAAGGUGACUUGUGGAUGACAUCAUAUAUAAAAAAAAUUCUUAGCCGAAAUUGUGGAGUAUGUGAAUUGCGUCAUUCUGGCCUGACUGGUGUUCGCUGUAGUUGCAUAUUCAGCAUGUUCAGUGUCAAGUUUCAUGGGUCUGCUUCCAGUUUGUACCAGAAUUAGAAAAGGGGCUGGGGGGUGGGGAAAGGGUGACAUUCAUUCCUGCAGAGGUUUUGAUAGCGACCACACUAUCAAUGGUUCCUAAAUUGCAACUGCCCAAGACUUACCUUCUUUCUAUUUUCCAUGAUGUCAACAACUUUACAAGGCCAACAUUCAGCAGCGCCCAAUCCGGCAAGCUAGAUAAUGCACAGAAAGAGGAAGGGUUAGUGUUGAUUAAGUCUGGAUACGUGGACAUUGCUUUAUUAAAGAGAGAAAAUUAAUCUUCUAAUACAUAGUGUAAAUAGUAGAACAAUGAACCCAUCCAUGGACCAAAUUUCUAUUUAUAAUUCUAGAUUUUUAUAUUUUACUACAGAGUCUUUUCUAGUCUUUUUUUGAUGUUCUGACUACAUUGUUGUUGUAGCUGGCAUUUUAUUAAUGUUUAAAAUAUGUCUAAUUCAGCUGUGAUUCUAAAAUCUCAUGUCAGGUGUUUAUUAAUGACCUAUGUGAUGUAAUUUUUACAAAUAACAGCAUGCAAUUUUAACACUAUUUGUGCAACAGGAACAGUAGCUCUUUAAGACUUCACAGAGGGAAGACCCAGAUGAUGUGUGAUUUUGUUGCAACUGAUGUUUUUACAUUUGUGGCUACUGUGGAAGAAUUAAAAUAUAAGGUUUA